CCGCCUCGGUGAGGGCGGGCCGGGCUCGGGCUCCAGCUCCGGUUCCUCCUCCCGGCGCUGCGCGGGGGGCGGCGGGGAAACGUGAGGCUCCCCUCAGGCUGCGCCUCCCCUCAGGCCGCGGCGGGAGCCCGGGCCCGCGGCAGGCCGUGCCCGGUACCGUGAGGGGAAGAUGGCCUCUCGGAGGAUCACCCGCGACACGUUCGAGGCCGUGGUGCAGGACAAGGUGAAGCGGUACCGGAGCGGUGCCGCGGGAGACCCCGGCCAUCGUUUCCCAGCUCCCUCCCGGCUGCCCCGGCCCCGCUACAACGAGAGCUUCCAGCACGACGGGCGCUUCCCUCACUCCAACUGCCAGCACCAGGACUGGAGCCAGGAGCCCGGGGAGGAUUACCCUGGGGAAAACUACCCCGGGGAGGAUUACCCUGGUGACAACUACCCCGGGGACAACUACCCCGGGGAGGAUUACCCCGGGGAGAAUUACCCAGGGGAGAAUUACCCAGGGGAGAAUUACCCCGGCCCUUCCUACCGCGCCGCCAGCCCCCCGCCCCGCAAGGAGAAUUAUUUCCACGGACGUUUCUCCCGCCCUGCGCCCCGGGAGCGGGAGUUUGGCCAGGAUUACAGGAAAUUUGGCCGUGCAGCUGCCCCCAGCAGGGAGUUUGGGCACCACCCUGCUCCCCACGGCCGGGAGUACGGGCAGCGGGACCGGGAGUACCGGGAUUACGGAGCCUCAGAUUGCUGGGAGGCUGGCGGGCAGCACGGAGCGGGGUUUGGCUCCCCGGAGCUUUUGGGGGAUUUCAGGUCCCCUGGGCUGAUGGAGGAGGAGGAGUAUGGCAGCGUGGAGGAUCAGGAGUACGAGGCAGAGGACGGCGAGUUCCGGGCGCCGCGCAGGGGAGGCGUGGGCAGGGCGAGGGUGCUCAGGGGGAAACGCCUCGCCAGGGGCGUGCUGAAAGCCAAGGUGUUCAAAGGAGACCUCAAAAGCCCCCUCAAGAAGUGGAGUGUGAAGAAGGCACAGCCAGGCCUGGAGCCCAAAGCUCUGGAGCAGCCUCUGGAAGUUGGUGCCCACCCCGAGCAGAGGCCGGUGCCGCUCCAGCAGCACCCCAAGCUGCCCCCGCACCCUGCGGCAGCCCAGAGAGCCGUCCUGAGGCUGCCCAAGCCCGCCCACGUCUUCAGGAACCUCAACUUCGACCUGGUGGACAAAUCGGACAUCUUCUCCACCUUCGGCAUGGAGAUCAUCAAGUGGGCCGGGUUCCACGCCAUCAGGAACGACGCCGAGUUCUCGCGGCUCUUCGGGGCCCUCUUCGAGCUGGAGACCGAGACCUGUGCCAAGAUGCUGGCCUCCUUCAAGUGCUCCCUGAGGCCAGAGCACAGAGAUUAUUGCUUCUUCACCAUCAAGAGCCUGCAGCACGCCGCCCUGAAAACCCCCAAGGUGGACAACGAGUUCUUGAACAUGCUGCUGGACAAGGGGGCCGUGAAAACCAAGAACUGCUUCUUUGAGAUCAUCAAACCUUUUGAUAAGUACAUCAUGAGGCUGCAGGACCGCCUCCUCAAGGGGGUGACCCCUCUGCUGAUGGCCUGCAACGCCUACGAGCUGAGCCUCAAAACCAGCGGCCUCGGCAACCCCCGGGACAUGGCCAACGCCUUCGAGACCACCGUGUCCCUGUGCAGGAAAUCCCUGGCCCUGCUGGGCCAGACCUUCGCCCUGGCCUCUGUCUUCAGGCAGGAGAAAAUCCUGGAGGCCGUGGGGCUGCAGGAGAUGGCGCCAGCGCCCACAGCCUUCCCCAAUUUCGAUGACUCCACGCUCUUUGGGAGGGAGUACAUCGAGAACUUGAAGGCCUGGCUGGAGAAGAGCGGGUAUCCCAUCCAGAUGAAAAAGGCAGAGGCGGGAUCCGUGGAGCAGCUCCAAACAGCCUCCCCCGAGGCCAGAGCCCCCCAACGAGCUGACAGGAAGGUUCUGGACACAAUUGAGCAGCUGGUGAGCAGCAUCGUGGCAGGAACUUUGUCUGCCAAGGACAGGAAUGCCCAGAAAAACUCUCCUGAAUAUUGGUUCCUUUCCGACGAGGAGAGCCUGGAGUACAAGUACUACAGGCUGAGGCUGUCGGAGGUGCAGAGGAGCAGCCUGGCAGGGGACACAGCAGCCCCAGAGUCCCUGAGGGCCAUGCUCUAUGCCAGGAGGGUGGCCAGCAUCAAAAGGAGACUUUUCAAGAGGAAAAAAAAGCCUGGCCUUGUCCCUGCCCGUGCCAGGAAGGUGAGGAGGGCAAGCAGUGGCACGCAGACCCUGCUGUCAGCCGGCACAGGAGUGAAUCAGCCAGACAGAAAUCUGUCAGCCGGCACAGGAGUGAAACAGCCAGAACAAAAUCUGUCAGGUGGUACAGGAGUGAAACAGCCAGACAGAAAUCUGUCAGGUGGUACAGGAGUGAAACAGCCAGACAGAAAUCUGUCAGCUGGCACAGGAGUGAAACAGCCAGAACAAAAUCUGUCAGGUGGUACAGGAGUGAAACAGCCAGACAGAAAUGUUCCAGCUGGCACAGGGAUGAAACAGCCAGACAGAAAUCUGUCAGCUGGCACAGAAGUGAAACACCCAGACAAAAAUGUUCCAGCUGGCACAGGAGUGAAACAGCCAGAGCAAAAUCUCCCAGCUGGCACAGGAAUGAAACAGCCAGACAGAAACCUUACAGCUGGUACAAGGCUGGAGCCACCAGAGCAAAAUGUGUCAGCUGCCACAGGAAUGAAACAGCCAGAGCAAAAUCUGUCAGCUGGCACAGGAAUGAAACACCCUGAGCAAAACCUCCCAGCUGGGACAGGAAUGAAACACCCUGAGCAAAACCUCCCAGCUGGGACAGGAAUGAAACACCCUGAGCAAAACCUCCCAGCUGGCACAGGAAUGAAACACCCUGAGCAAAACCUCCCAGCUGGCACAGGAAUGAAGCACCCUGAGCAAAACCUCCCAGCUGGCACAGGAAUGAAGCACCCUAAGCAAAACCUCCCAGCUGGCACAGGAAUGAAACAGCCAAACCAAAACCUCCCAGCUGGCACAGGAAUGAAACACCCAGACCAAAACCUCCCAGCUGGCACAGGGCUGGAGCAGCCAGACCAAAACGUUCCAGGUGCGCAGGUUGGCCUGGCCCAGCCUGGCCCAGGUGCCAACUGUGCCCCCCAAGGUGCCAGCAGCAGCUGCCAGGUGCCCGUGGCAGCAGAGGGAAGGGCAGAGGCCGAGGGUUUGGCAGCAGAUCCUGAGCUCCUCCCAGCACUGGGAUCGCAGUUUGCUGAUGUGGAUGCCAAAACCAUGGAAACUGCAGAGAAGCUGGCCAGGUUUGUGGCUCAGGUAGGGCCGGAGAUUGAGCAGUUCAGCAUUGACAACAGUGCAGAUAACCCCGAGCUCUGGUUCCUGCAGGACCAAACCAGCCCUGCCUUCAAAUUCUACCGCAUGAAAGUUCUGGAGCUGUGUCCCUCCAUCACCUUCAGCCCCGAGGCUGCAGAAGCUGCCAGAGCUGCAGGGACAGCCCUGGACACCGAGGAGGAUGAGGAGGAAGAGGAGGAAGAAGAAGAAGAAGAAGAGGAAGAAGAAGAAGAAGCUGAGUUUGAACCCUCCCAAGCUGAUGAGGAGGAUGAGGAUGAUGAGGAGGCCGUGGCAGCAGGUAGAAGGGUGACAAAGCUAGAGGAAGAUGUGGUGUCCCUGGCAGGAGAGGAGGUGUCAGGAGGUGACGUGCAGCUCUCCAGCCCCUCUGACGGCGCUGUCCCAACUCUGUCGACACAGGCACCCCCCGGCCCGGGCCCCGGCGCGCGCUUCCCCCGCAAACGGGUCAGCUCCAAGUCGCUGAGGGUGGGCCUGAUCCCGGCCCCCAAAAGGAUCUGCCUCAUCCAGGAGCCCAAAGUGCAUGAACCUGUCAGGAUUGCUUAUGACAGACCCCGGGGCUGCCCUGUCACAAAGAAAAAAAAGAAGCCCAGGGUGCUGGAGGUGCCCCAGAAGAGGCUGAGCCCCAGGAACGUGGGGUUCCAGAUGCUGCAGAGGAUGGGCUGGCAGGAGGGGCACGGGCUGGGCACGCGCGGCCGCGGCAUCCGGGAGCCCCUGCACCUGGGUGCAACCUCAGCUGGGGAGGGUUUGGGAGUGGCAGGGGAAGAAAACCAAGAAGAUGCUUUUGACAUUUUCCGCCAGAGGAUGAUCCAGAUGUACAGACAGAAAAGGGCAAACAAAUAGCUCCAGCUCUCUUCCAUGAAGACCCCAGGGCCCCUCCCCUCCCUCCCGCGCUCUCUCUGCUGCGUUCGCUCGGAUUUGCCCUGGGAUCCCAAAAUUCACAGUUUCCACCCCAAAUUCUGCAUCUUCCAUCCCCAAAUCUCAGAUUUUCCACCCCAAAUUCGGGAUUUUCCACCCCAAAUCUCAGAU